AAAUGAGGAAGGCCCCUAACUCGACCAGUGGGAAUAUUAGUCCGCUUAGAGCACAGACGGUUAGUAGGAAUAAGCUUGAAUUGCUUACAACGCAUCAGAAGUCACCGCAUGUGUCAAAAGGAUACUCAAAGAGAAGAGAUUCGAAUAAUGCAAAUACGAAACUUCCAGGGGCAGAAGAGCAAACCACUGAGAUUGAUUAUUCUCCACCAUCAUGAGUCGAUGCUAUCUUUCCAAAAAUUCAGUGAAACUUCGAGGAGUCAAAAUCUGAUUUUUAUAAGAGACUUCACAUUGCAUCUGAAAAGGUUAAGCAUUUCGUCAAAAAUUUUGGAAGCAAAGAGCAUAUUCAUAAGCUUACUCGUGUAAAAUCAGAGACUAAAGGCCCCAAGAAAAUCAGCAAUUCAAUACUCAAAAUCUUGGAUGUGUGCAAUGAGAGGAAGAAUAAGGAGCAAACCUACCUCAAACUAUUUGAAGAGUCCAUCCAUGGUGAAAGACUUAAAAAUCUUGAGCGUCAGAACAGUCAACUAUUUCUUCGUGAUGAGUCCAAAGAGAGAUUAGAACAGGAAGGCAUCAAGACACCGAAGAAAGUUAGUAAAGACACCAAAAAGAAUCUGACUCAUAUCAAGGUCCUGGAAAUCAAAAAUGCCGAAGGCAAAAAUAUCAUUUAUGAGAAGGAAGAGGACAGUACAGAGAUGACACCUCUGAAAACAGAUCAGCAGAGAGGAAGGAAUUUUAAGGAUAAAAAUAGCAUAUUCUUUAUUCCUCAUACGAGCAAUACUUUAAAACAAGAAAGACGCAAUAUAUUGCCUGAAAUGGCAAAGUACCAGACAAAUUUGAGAUUUACAGAAAGACUUACUGACAAGAUAAAUAAAAUUGGAAAAUCGACUAUUCCUAUUACUAGAAAUAAUAGCAUCAAAAAGAUAAUAAAGAAGGAGACCUUGAAAAAGGCAAAGUCAACUUCAAAAAUGCAGAAGAUAAACUCUCAAUUCAAGAACUCAACAUUUAACACAAAAUACGACAGAUCCCACAGCACAGUAUUUUCAAAGCAAAAGGUUAUUCCCAACUCUGAGUCAGCUGCCCAAGCAAUGAAGACAUAUUCCACUUUUGCGAAGAUUGAUUCUUCAACCCCUAAAAAUAAAGAUGCAGACACUGUCUCCCUUCCUUUCAUAGAUGAAAUAGUCGACCAAGAGGACGACUACAUGAUGAUGAUGAGCCUGAGAAGCCCAAAGGGAAAAUCAAUGAAGAUUAAGAAAGAAUUUUGGAAAAUGAAGAAAAUGUCCCAAAGCCCCUUUGCAAAGAUUCUUAAGUAAUUUCAACCCUGGAUUU